AUGAGGCCCCAGCCGUCUCCGAUCUCUGAAAUGGACGCCACUGACGAUAUGCACGAAGCGUUGUUGGCGAAGCGAGGCUGUUGUUUCCUUAUGCCAUGCCUUGCCUCAUCUCAACCGUCCUCUCGCGGGGGAUCUCUGUUGUGGCAACGGAUCAAGACAGUCGAUAAACUCGAGCCUGACGAACGGUGGUGGAUUCGAGGGUGGCGGAAGAUGAGGAGGUGGUCUGAGCUCGUUGCUGGCCCGAAAUGGAAGACUUUUACCCGCCGAUUUGGGCGGAACCACUGCUGCGGCGGGGGAGGAAGUAUCGGAUACAACGGUGGAGGCUGUGGUUCCAUUCCUAACCACCGAACAGAUUGCGGUAAAUUCCGGUACGACCCGUUGAGCUACUCCUUAAAUUUCGACGACGGGAAGCAAACCGGACAUUUUGACGACGAGUUUCCGUACCGAGAUUACUCGAUGAGGUUCGCUGCGCCUUCCUUGCCGGUCUCCACUAAAUGCUCCAUCGAUUUCGAUAGCGAGCGACAGGGACGCGCCGCCGUUAUGUAA